GCCCCUCUGCCCCAGUCACUGAGCCGCCGCCGAGGACUCAGCAGCCUCCCCCUUGAGCCCCCUCGCUUCCCGACGCUCCGUCCCCCCCGCCCGCCUUCUCCCGCCGCCGCCUUCCGCAGGCCGUUUCCACCGAGGAAAAGGAAUCGUAUCGUAUGUCCGCUAUCCAGAACCUCCACUCUUUCGACCCCUUUGCUGAUGCAAGUAAGGGUGAUGACCUGCUUCCUGCUGGCACUGAGGAUUAUAUCCAUAUAAGAAUUCAACAGAGAAACGGCAGGAAGACCCUUACUACUGUCCAAGGGAUCGCUGAUGAUUACGAUAAAAAGAAGCUAGUGAAGGCGUUUAAGAAGAAAUUUGCCUGCAAUGGUACUGUAAUUGAGCAUCCAGAAUAUGGAGAAGUAAUUCAGCUACAGGGUGACCAGCGCAAGAACAUAUGCCAGUUCCUUGUCGAGAUUGGACUGGCUAAGGACGACCAGCUGAAGGUUCAUGGGUUUUAAGUGCUUUCGGCUCACUGAAGCUUAAGUGAGGAUUUCCUUGCAAUGAGUAGAAUUUCCCUUCUGUCCCUUGUCACAAGUUUAAAAACCUCACAGCUUGUAUAAUGUAACCAUUUGGGGUCUGCUUUUAACUUGGACUAGUGUAACUCCUUCAUGCAAUAAACUGAAAAGAGCCAUGCUGUCUAGUCUUGAAGUCCCUCAUUUAAAAAGAGAUGAAGCAGUAGGCGCCUGGCAGUGUCCAACCUGAAACAAAGCACUAACAGUGAUGUUUCAGCCAAGCCCAGAGUCCCAAAAUCACUACCAGCUAUGUCUGGCAAGAAGCUUCUCAGCUCUCCCUAUGAGUUCCCUGCCCUGAAAGAAAGUUAUGACCUGAACCUUCAGUGAAGCUGAGUGGAGAGAAUGGAGUAAGGCGGCUUGGCUGUGCCACUAGAGGGGUGGGGGGAGCCUUUAGUAGUAUAAGAUGCUCUGGUGUCUCCAACCUGACUGCAUGAGCAGAGCUUGGAGAGGCCACCUUCCCUUGUUGGAGGUGACAGGACAUCUGACUUGCCACCAAGGUCUUUUGACCCAACAUCCUAGCUGAUUGAUGCCCAGACACCAUAAUGUGAGGCCAACUUUCUACCAGUUAAACUUAUGACAAGGGAACAAAUUUCAGACAUGCAUCAGUCAUGUAGCUAGCUAUAGAGCUUGUCACUUAAUAGCAGCUGCCCAAUGUCAUGUGACAGUCGUAACAAACUGGUUCUCUCCCCGCCCCCAUUCAGUUUUAAUGUUAUGUAAUGUAUUUAAACCCUUAUUUAAAUAAAACUUGUUUUCAGAAACA